UAGGUCUGACUGCAACAUGGACAGACGUCGGUCUUACGAUGGAACCCCUCAGGAUCAGGCCUUGCCCAUUCCCGUCCAGAUAUUCCUCUGGCGACAGAUUAGCCCCUUCAUCCGGGCGAAACUCGGCAAACUACACGAGGCGUCAUGCAUGUUCUGCCAACAUGCGCCCGGCCAUCAUGAGAUGAAGGAAGCCUGCAAGUCGUUCGAGAAAGUGUUGGUCCAGAAUCUGCAUUUCGGACUUUCUCCUCCACUGACGGAUGCCUUAAAUAAUGUAUCCCGGUGGCGACUUAUCCAAGCGGCUCUUCCACACGUUCUUCAUGGUGCGGCGAACCUCCUCAACAACAGGAAGGACCUUCAGAGCCUCGGAGCGGUGGAGACGAAACUCCUCUACACUCUGCAUUGGAUCAUCCUGGAUGCUGCAGAAGAGUGCGCCGAUGCAGAUGCCGAAGCUGGAAUUUAUCGCACGAAUCCUUUUUACUAUCUUUUCUCGAUACCCACGGUGACGCUCUUCGUCUACCUGUUCGCGCCCCUUUGCAACCACCUUAAGGAUUCCGACUUCACCACCAAUUUUCGCCUCGAAAAUGGCCUUAAGAUAUGGUCUGCGAUGUGGGAAUGUCGUCACCCAGACGCGCCAUGUUUCACCGCUUAUUGCCGACCAAAGCCGCAGACUUUUUGGUCCAGAUCGAUAAAAUCAACGAGGCAGCCUCCACCGCCACCUCCACCUCCGCCACCUCCGCCACCAUAUCACCAUCAUCACCAUCACAGGCAGCAACAACAGCAACAGCGUCACCAUUUUGACUCCAUUUACGCGGGGGCUGGCGCGUCAAAUGACGAUUACCCGGACACGGAGAGUCCUCCCAGCCAGACAGCUAGUGUAUGCUUCUCUGAACAAGGAAUGCCCUCUUAUCAGCAACCCCCGUCAGCCCCAUCGUCCAUAAAAUCGGCGGAUGAAGAGAACAACUGGGUGUCGUCGCCGAAGGACACGGCCUUCCCGGAAACGAUUCCUGAAGAGAGUUCCAGUACCGAGGACGAGCACGUGAUGAUCUUCCGGUUACCCUCGCUGAGCGAGUCCGACAGAGGCGUCGAUGGCGUGCGAGAAGUGUCCACGAUAUUCGCAGGGGAGGCGCGUAUUUUUCACGUGGCAAUGAGUCAAUCCUCGACGAGCUCCUUGAGGUCCACCUUGACGAUUGAAAGGAUCACCGCCGUUUCCGGUACCGAUACGUAUCGCCAGCUCCAGGGAAAGUCGACGACUUCACAGAGACUCGGGUAUUCAAAAGAAAGAGAUGACAGGGACGAAAGCACCGAGAGAGACGCGACGUCGGGGGGCUCUGGACCACGUCAAGCCGGAAGUUCUCCAGGAUCGGGAGCCGCCAUUGCUGGUACCACCGGAACCAGCGGUCCUGCGGAAACCGGUCGUACCAUAAGAACAGAUGUCUAUGCGGCGACCUUUCUAGACGUGGCCGUCCUCAGGUGCCUCUUCGUGUCUCAGUGGCAGGAGGAGGGCGUCUUCUGGGCGCUCCAGUAUCUCUAUCACCGGCUAUGCGAAAUCAACGAGGACAGCUCCGUGCAAAGGAUGCCCCGAAGAAGGAGCAAUUCUCUGCCCAUUCCCAAGAUCGAAGUCUCCAUAUAUCACAGCCCUGAAAGCAAAAAGAAACACGAGGCCAAGGAGUUGGAAGUCCCAGGGCCUAGAGACAAAAAGUUCGUAAACUCGAUAUUCAAAAUGUGCCCAGAUUCCUCGUUUGGUUCCUGCAAGUCCCAGGACACCGAUACCGUUCAUACCAGAAGAGCAAGUGAGAAGGCGAAGAAGCGCAUGAAAAUGGCCGAUUUGAAGGCCUUUGUGGAGACCAAGCUGCUCUCCAAGUCCGAGAAGACUCUGGAGAACAUCGGCCAUGAGGAGUCUAAGGGCUUCUUCGACCAGGACUGUCAUAGGAGUCUCGACACAGGUGACGACCACCUGACGAGGCCUACUUCGCCCUGUUCCAAAACCUUCGAAGCCAGGGACGUCGACCUGAUGAAGCAUCCUACCAACCUCAUCAAAGGGAAGAGCAUGCCCAGUUUAAGCUGCUUGAUUAACGAGCUGACCGCGGGAGGAUAUAUUGGAGAUACUCGAGUAGAAAGGAAGCAGGGUCGUUUCUACAGUCAGUCCUGCACAGCGCCAAAUCCCAUAAUUACUGUCACGGAACACACCCCGACACCUUCCCCGGACUACAUGAAGAAGCAGCCUUCGAUUGACAGUCAGCUGGAUGCUGUCAGUAUACAGGGGAUGCGUAUAGGGUGCGAAAGGAAAGCCAGCUUGACGAGAUCGCAAACCGACUCCAACAUCACGUAUACUGGAGAAGAAGUUCCUGAAGCACCAGGGUCCAGUUGUUACAUCACGAAGGAAGGAGACCUGGACCGCCGGGUUGUUCUGAAGGCCGUCCACGCGGUAGCCUUGAGGGAUGCAUCGAGCUGCACCCUUCGCGUUUGCGAGACCAUCCUCAACCUGGUGGAACUACUCAUGGAAAUGGGAGUGCUCGAUCGCAGCACUCGGGAAGAGAUGUCCAACGGUAACGUGGGUUCGGGAGGUGGGGCCGACGCCAAGAAGAGGGAUUCUCCCUUGAACGAGCUGGACCGAGAAGAGAGAAGUUCGCAACCUCAACCUCCACCAGUUCCGCCACCUCCACCACCUUUGCCACCGCCUCCACCUCCGCCCCCACCUUCUUCACCCCUUGCCAAGACGACGCCCCACAACAUGCUCGUCAACUGCACCAUCAGGGUCCUGAAGCACCUGGGAUGUCCUCAUGGGUGUGGAGACAGUAUUCGAGGACCCCCCGCAGACUUUGUACGGUCUCAGGGCCAGACGAUCCUCGGCAAGCUGCAUCGCGCGAAUCCUCGACAGUUCUCCAAGUUCUUCAGGGCAAUGGUCAGGGACCAGCCCGUCGUGGAGAUCCUGGACUUCUUCCACGCCUACGUGGGAUUCUGCAUGGACCCGAGCGACUAAAUUUCAGGCCAGAAGAAGGGCUCGAACAAGUCUCCGGACGUGGCCUCGCAGGGUGGAUAUGCCACGAAUUUUGGAGCUGGCCUGGCGAUGUCGGGAUCCUUAGGUGCGGCGACGACUCCAGGUGCAGCAAACGCGAUGAAUACCAACACCAACACUUCCAACUCCGGAAUCGUGAGUUUCGGAGGUGGGAACAACGCAGCGAGGGGUAUCGAGGGCCAUAUCAUGAGCUGCGUCUUCAAGGUCCUGGUGACGAUGUUCGUCAAGACCCUGAAGGAGCUCAAGGCUCAGGAGAACAUGGCGCUUUAUUGCGACUUGAGACAGUUCAUGACCUACGUCAAAGAGGCACAUGGAGGGGUUUUUCGUCGGGUAGCUCUGAGUGGAAUCCUCGAUGCUGCUGAUCGACCGAACAGGCGAUGCAACAGCGACGUCAAGACCACUCGGGUCAUCAGACACAUUCAUCAGUCGGAUCUGGAGGAGAAUGCCGAUUUAGGAGGAGAAUCCUGCUACGCGGUGGACGACCGUGGCACGAGGAAGUUCCUCUUCAAGAAGCGGAGCACCUCUUCAACCUGCGCCAGUCUCUUGGAGACGGAGCUGAGCGAGGAGAACGCGAAAGUCAGCCAGAGUCCUCUGGGGAACCUCAGGAAAAAGCACCACGUCCUGACGCCGAGGCAGAGCGAGAGGAAUUUAGGAAUCAGCGAUCCUUCUCAGAGCCUUGGGAAAUCCAAGAAGACCAGGUUCCCGAUCGGCGGAAUUGUAAACUGGUUCAGGAAAGAAUACGGACGUACGGAUUCGACUGACAGUCACGAGAGCAGUGAAUCUCCCACCGAAAGUAGCUUCGUUCGUCAAACCAGCUUCCAACGAGGUCACAAUCGUGGUACCUCCCGAACAGGACGAGGGUAAGCAGCCAAGAGGGUAGGUCAAACCCUGCAGAGGGCGAAACGCAGGGUGGAGGAUCAGCUGAACAAGAUCGGAUUUGGCAAGGGCAAGAAGAAGGAGAGCUCGGAGGAAGCGCCAGGCAGUUACUUCAGCAGAAGGAACUCCAUGGAGUUCGGCGAAGCAUUCAGGGAGUCGGAAUUCGUCGUCCUGAAAGAAAGGCGACUGGUCCCCCAAACGGCGAUUUACGACGGCAUGAUGAGGUUCUCCUUCCUGUUGGAGACCUGUCAGCCGGGAUCGGUGCCGGAUCACCACCUGAUGGCGGCCAUUCUGGACCUGCCUCACGCCCCGGUGGUAGCUCGUGCUUGUCUCAUCCUGGAGUGUGCGCACCUUGUCCAUCGCUGCAACAAGGGCCAGUGGCCAGCCUGGAUGAAGCUCAACUUACCCAUGUUCCGACCGUCGGUGUCAACAAACAACAGGAACGCUCCCACUGGUCUCAGGAGGACGCACGUCCUGCAGCGCGCGGCUGGGAAGCUGUUCUACCAGUGGGCAGAGGCGAUCGGCGGAAGACUGGAGGAACUCCUAGCAGUCGACAAGCGGAACGUCGAGCAGGUCGUGGCCAUGAUGUCGGACGAUACCAAGCAACGGGAUUUUAUCGUCGAAGACGAAGAGGAGGACUUCCUGGACGAAGCGAGCAUCAACGCUUACGGGUCCCCAUGCCCUACGGCUCUAAGGCUGAUCGCCUGCGUCCUGCUCCUGGAAAUCACGGCCUUCCUUCGCGAGACCUACAGGACCUUGCCCAAGUCCUGCAGACUUUCUACGAAGGAGCGACCUCCACCCUGGGAGAGGAUGUACAGUCGCGAGGCGAACAGACGUUGGAGCAUGGCCCUGUCCUCCAUGGGUCAUUCGCAAACCUCGGCACAGAGUCUCCAAUCCAUCGCCGGGGAUCGAGAAACUGGUAAAGAGCGCAAAAUCAGCUUCGUCCUGCACGAGCCGGACAACGAGUCGGAGGGCAGCAGCAAGUCCACCGUCACCAUCCAGGGCGAGGAGAAUCAGGCUUCGAAUAACGAACGAGAGAGGAACAAACGGGUCCAAGCUCCUUCGGGAAGACCUUUCCUCCUGCGUCGAGGAACCGCGACGGGCAGUGCCGUCACGACGGGAUCCUUCAAACGUAGGAGCCUCAAACUGAGACGCAACACGAAGGAGGGCAAGGACGUGGAGUGCGAACCCUGUACGUGUUCCAACAUCGUCAGAAGAGCGGAUUCCAUCCAGUCGAAGCGGAAGGUGAGCUCCUUGUCGGACAGAAGCGACACUUCGGAGCCAGGUUUGGGUCUUGGAGUCGGCGUUGGUGUUGGAAUCGGAAUUGGAGUUGGUGGUGGUGUCGGGGCUGGAGAGGUCAGCGGUGGCGAAGAGUCUCCGGGGAUUCUGAGCGACGAUCAGCCUCCGGAGAGUCCCAGUGAUAGCAACGACACCGACGAGACCAACAAGAACUUCCCCUGGAUGAGGGUCCUGGUUCAGAUAUCCAGCUCCUUCAAUUUCUACUGCUCCCACCAGAAUUUCUGUCACCCCUUCUGUCACCGAAGGCAGAUGAGAGCUGGCAGUCGGCUUGUCAAGUCUGUAAGGAAAAUAUACGGUGAGGAGUUUGGCAUCCUGGACGGCGCCAGCACCUUCGAUUUUGACACUGAUAAAAAAGAGGACGGCAAGAAGGAGAAGAGGAACACUCGCAAGGUCUCCGAACAAACCAGUGCCCAGACUUCGCCUGUUCGCAGGAAGGAUAGCGUUGGGAGGAAGUACAAGAUCGAGAAGAACUCGGAUGGGUCUCAGUCGGGCAGGAUGACCGGGUUCCAGAGGGACUCUACAAGGGAUCUUGCCGACCAGGACUCAGAGCGCGCCAAGGACCCCUCGAGGAGAGCUCUAAAAGACGAUGGCAGCGAUGACGAUUCCAACAAGGAACCGCCGGCGAUCCUAAAAUAUAUAAGGACCCAGGUGAAGGAAGCCUUCCACGCACCCCUGGCGACUUUGGUGAAGGGAGCCGCUAUCAUGUCGGAGGACCUCUUUGUGGACGUUCUUCCGGUAGCUUGGGAGCUACUUUUGGAGUCCAACCAGGAAGUGGCCGCUUCGGCAGCUUCGUUGUUCAUCGUUGCAGCCGUGCGAGCACCCAAUCAAGCCAGUGACCUGAUGCAUCGAGGUCUUCGUAAUUCGAGUGCUUCGGUCCGCAUCAACGCGAUACUGCGAUUCCAAGUACUCUGGAAGCUGAGGUACCAAGUCUGGCCACGCAUGGAAGAGACUGCUCACCUGACCUUCAAGGUGCCUCCACCAGGCAUCGAGUUCACCCUACCUUCACCCAAGAUCGGCAUCGAGUCGCUCCCCGUGGUCGACCCACCUUGGAUGCCUCAAAUGAAAACCAAAGUAGAGGAGGUCACCAUCAACCAGGAGCGUCAUAGGUCCUUGGUCACGGCCACGAAAACCAGGAAAAAACAGCAGACCGAACUGAUCAAGAGGGCUCUUCAGGCGCAAGACGACAAGAAGAGGGAGGAACGUGAGAACUUCCUGAUCACCACGAUCCCCAUCACUGUUCAGGCUGCUUACGAACCCAGUCCUGUGGGGGAUGACCAUGAUGAAGGCAUGUGGAGCAAUGCUGACGAGGAUGCUGCGGAGAUCGCUCCAAGAAGUACCUCUCACCAUGGUCAGUCCGCGUUGUCUCUAUUCCCCUCGUCCCUCUGUUCCGCAAUAGUCCAGAUAAUUAGUCUACUGGACGAUGCAGCAGUUUCUGAUGAUGGAAACGCCGUUUACGAGGUUGCUUAUCAGGUGAUCUGGAACUGCUUGGUGGAAGACAGCGCACUGUUCCUGCGGUACGUCUUGGAACGUCUCACGAGAGAGAAGCAGGAGUUGAUGUUCAAGAUCCUGAGACACCUGAUCAGAUUCGUGCCGAAGUUGCCGCAGCAAGCUGCCUUUGCCCUGUACAAUUAUAUAAUCGGUUAUGUCAUGUUUUACGUGCGCUCACCGCAUGAAGAGGGUCAGAAGCUCAUCGGGACAGCGCUUUCGAUUUUGUGGAUGGUGGUGCACAGCGUCCACGGGAUUAUGUUCAAAGACCUGAAGCAAAUCCUGCGGAAGGAGCAGUGCGACGCCUCGAUCCUCCUGACAGCCAAUGUUCCAUCAGCGAAGAAGAUCAUCGUCCAUGGUCCUCAGGAUCCCGACGCCGGUGGAAUCCCCUCUCAAUUUCCCGUGCAAGAAGACACGCAGUUUUGCCAGAUUCUCCGGGAAUCCUUGGACUUCUUCGGGAUAGACGAGGCUCGCCACAAGGAGUACUUCCUGGUCGACUACAAGACCCACCAGAUACACAAUCCCUCGUCCUACGUCAGAGACUACUACUUCUUCAAGAGGUCCCAAUACCCGCAACUAGAGCUGGUGCACAUGAAGCCUGAAGAGGCGUUCGACGCCCUGCAAAGACAGGAGUUGGUGCACAAAUUCGUGGAGAUCGGAAAGGUGAUGCUCACCUGGGCGAUCUUGAAGAACGUUGACAUGGUGGUUCAGAGGGUCGUCUUUCUGCACGAGGAGCUGAUGAAGCUGCCCUCCUUCCCAAGGAAAGCACUAGAGGCUGAUCUAGACCUCUACAAGGGCGGAGAGAUCGGCAGGGAACUCCUGGGCUUGGACGUGAUGCACAAGUUCAUGUGGGUCCGGCUGAUCGCGAGGAUGUUCGAAGCGAUGGCGGGGAACUUCGCCUACUCAGGGGACAUCCACCUCUUCCUGAAUGUCCUGAACGGUGCCGUGAUCCUUCACAGCGAGGACUCCUGCAUCCUCAGGUACGUCGUGGCCACCUACAUCAACGCGGCCCACAACUUCAAGAACAUCUUCUCCACCAACGGGUACUUAUUAAUCGUGCCGACCCUGCUGCAACUCUACUCUAACCAUCGGACCAACAAACUGGUAACCACCACGGUGGAGUACGCGGUGAAGCAGUUCUACCUGAUGAACAGGAAGCCCUUCAUCCUCCAGAUGUUCGGAAGUGUGUCCACAAUUUUAGACACGGAUGAAACGAGCACCCACGGAGAAGCGCACAAGGUACCCUCGAGGUGUCUCUUCGACCUCCUGCUGAGUCUGGAAACGCCAUCGCCGGAUCCCCUGAACAUCGGCGAGCUUGUGAAAGAGCAGAAGCCGCUGAAGGCCAUCGACUUCUGCUACCACGACGAAAAUGAGAUGGUGACGGUUCUUGACUGCAUUUCGCUCUGUGUGAUGGUCAUAGCCUAUGCAGCCGAUUCCGUGAGGGGUCAACAAAUGUUGACCAUCCUCGAGGCCAUACUCCCUUGCUACGUGCAGCAGAUUCAGUCCCCCGCCUACAACAAGGAGGGCAAAACGGAGAAGGAGAUUAUCAACCAGCUGGCGAUUGCGGUGAAGACUCUGGUCAACAAUUCCGAAGCGUUGACGAAGUACUACAAUGGGCCACAAAAGUCCAGUCCUGAGCACAAGGGGUCCAGCCAGAGGAACUACGGAAAGGGUCCUUACUCUCCUGGCUUCGACUUCGAUGACGAAGCGCACGCGACUAAGUACAUGGAGCACACCAAGAGCAGGAUCCUCUACGACCGCGACAACGAGGACGCCGAGAGCUGCCACAAAAACGAAUUCCGCAGGCCCAGGGACACCUUGCUGAACAUGGUGGGAGAGUUCGUGGCACGCUGUUCGGUUCGCCUAGCCGAGCUCAACAAGAAGUCGUCAGACGGCAAGACGAUCGAGCUCCUGGACUCCAAAUGCCACGUGCGUCUAGCGGACGUGGCUCACAGCUUGCUGAAGAUCUCUCCUUACGAUCCGGAAACGAUGGGCUGCCGGGGUCUGCGGAGGUACAUGAACGACGUGCUUCCCUCCACGGAGUGGUCCAACGACGACAUGAGACCUGCGCUGACCAUCAUUCUGAGGAGGUUGGACAAGACGUUCAGCAAGAUCUACAAGAAGGCCUCGAUUAGACGGAACACCGACUGGGAGGCGGCCAGCGACUUGCUGAAAGGCGUGUACGAGACCCUGUCGAAGUACCCUUACAUAGCGCAUUUUCAACACCUGAAGACCCUGCUCAGCACCUGCCAGGCUCUCAUUGUUGGGGACACCACGGGCUUAGUAGAGGUGACUUCCGCGGCCUCUGCUGCUCUGAUGAGCCAGAUACCUCCCAGACAUUUCUGCUCCACUGUGCUGAGGCUGAUUGCGCUUCAUGCGAUAUCUCUGGGAGAAGGAUACUCUCUGGAAAAUAUCUGCGGAGGGCAGUCCAUGUUCGCCACGCAGACCAGGACAGAGAAUACGUUGCUCAAUCUGCUGAUCCCGUUGUUCCUGCGUGUCGGCACUGGGAGGAAAGAUGUCCCCAAGUUGAGGCAGUCGGACAUUAGCUUUGCGCUGACCACCGUUCUCAAUACCCUCUGGCCACCUACCACCAAGUGUGCGCCCAUCACGGCCCAGAACCUGAAGACCACCGCUGAUGUGAGAACUGGUAGCUUGACGUUUACUGCGAGGGACACCAAGGUCCCCACCAAGAUCUCCCUCACGCUCUACCAAGUGGCGUUUCUGGCCCUCAAGAUCAUGACCAUCUGCUUCGAGUCCGAGCUGAAAACCGAGUGGCCACGGAUCCUGCGCACCAUGCGUCUUCUAAACAAGCGCAACGAGGCAUCCGUCCAUCUAUGGAACUUCAUCGAGUUCUCGGUGAUCCAUCGCACAGCUCUCUACAUCCAGAUGCUGCCGUUCAUCGUGCACAAGAUCGGCCAGCCGCCGAUAUCCGAGCACGAGAGAAACAUGCAGGGCUCCAUCCGGAGGAAGAUCAACGGCGAGGCGAUGCCCGUGCCGAAAUCCCGAGGCACCUUGCUGACGGACCUCCUCAGGGAGCUAAGGGACCUGAAGAAGGAGAUCGAGGAUCGGAAAUUCGAUGAGCUGCAACCAGAGCCGAAGAGGAGCCUGGUCGACAUGCACCCAACGGCACCAAACGCUGCGCAAAACGCGAGCGACAUUCCUCACGGACAGCGCACUCAGAGACCAUCCUUGAUCGACCUCCUCACCGGAGACCUAGGCUCCCGGACCCACGUGAAUCGUACACCUGCCGAAACUCCAUCGAUCCAUUCCACGACAACGCCGGCGCAUCCUGGGACUCAGCCUGCUGCAUCAGCUUCGGUCCAGCAUCUAGCUCAGCAAUCUGGGAAGCCUUCGGCCACGAAUGAUGCCCACGGGAGCCAUCCCAGCCACGGCAGUCACACCGCAAGGGGCUCCGUGUCGAGCGGAGCCUCGUCCACUCUGAGAGGGAGUUCCGAGUUCUGCCAAGGAGAGUCGACAUACGAGCAGCCUGGACCGACAGAUAGAUCGCAACCAUCGUCUUCUACCGACGAACGUAACAAUGUUAAGCCUCGUCCUAAAUUACCUCAACAAAAGACGUUCAAACUGCGCUUUGUAUCUUCCGUAGAGUAUAGAAACUCGUCAGGGGAAACCUCGACGAGCCAGCUCAGCAUGAACAGCCCCGUCGAGGACAGUUCCGGAGAGACUCGGUUCGACAGGCCUCGAUUACAACGCUCCAUGGGACAAAGCAAGAAGACGUUCCGCCUGCGAAAGAGUCGGCGGACGCACGUCGAGGUAUUCCUCCAGAUCGUUACAAGAUCUUCUGCCUCGACGAUGACCUCGGGAACAAUGGGGCCGGCAACAGCGGUGACAGAGCCCUCCGUCUUCAGCAUCCCCUCGGACUCGUCUUCCAUACGUUCAAGACGCAGUCUCUCGAUUCGCCAGACUCCCGACGAGAGGACCAACGAUAACGAUCAACAGCGCCAGCAUUCGGCUGCUCAACACCACUACCACCGGUACCACCAUCAUCAUCAUCAUCUGCACCCUCAGUCGGACGUGUCCUGGGACGAGGACACGUCGAGCACUUCGGGGUACCGUGAGUCCUACAGCUUGCAGCUGGUAUCCCUGGAAAGCGGCGCGAGGAACGUGCAAGCGCCGCCUCUCGCAUCGCCGGAUUUUAACGAUAUACCCUCGACCAGCAGCACCACGACCACCAAUUACAUGGGGUUCGAUGGUAGCUCGCCUGACAGCUCCAUAAACGGGAACGGGGCGACUGGCCCAAUCAAUGAUGCCGUUGGUGCAGGCGAGAAGACCGCUCUUCUGACCCCAAGCCAAAGGGCUUCCUCGCAACAUUCUCUGCUGAUGGUGUUCCAGGCGCAGGAUGAAGACACGUUGAUUUAAACCGAAGCUCCGAGCAUGGUCUUGUUAAUGGUACUUGCUGGAUACC